UGAGACCACAGGAAAGACUUAAGAGGUGGAUGAGACGCUACAGUUAAGGAGUGUGCACAACACGGGAGGAGGACUACCACAGUAGGAGGGAACGAAAAGCACAACACACCCCACUCCCAACAAGAAGAGGACAGGAUGAGGUACCAAGGCAGGGAGAUGGGUGUUGAAGGGAGACUUCGCCUCGUGAUGGAGAGUGCCCUGACAGCCCGGGACAGGGUAGGGGUGCAGGACUUUGUCCUGUUGGAAAACUACACCAGUGAGGCAGCCUUCAUAGAGAACCUGCGGCGGCGCUUCAAAGAGAGCCUCAUAUAUACAUAUAUUGGCUCAGUGUUGGUGUCGGUGAACCCUUACAAAGAGCUGGAGAUCUACUCCAAGCAGCACAUGGAGCGCUACAGAGGAGUCAGCUUCUAUGAAAUAUCUCCUCAUAUUUAUGCCCUGUCAGACAACACAUACCGUUCCAUGCGGACUGAAAGGAAGGACCAGUGUAUUCUGAUCUCAGGUGAGAGCGGAGCAGGUAAGACAGAGGCUUCAAAGAAGAUCCUGCUCUACUAUGCUGUCACCUGCCCUGCUCACGACCGCAUGGCUGCACUUGGUGACCGCCUGCUGCAGUCCAACCCUGUCCUUGAGGCAUUUGGCAAUGCCAAAACACUGAGAAAUGACAACUCCAGCCGCUUUGGGAAAUAUAUGGAUGUCCAGUUUGACUUCAGGGGGGCACCAGUAGGCAGUCACAUCCUCAACUACCUGCUGGAGAAAUCUCGGGUGGUGCACCAGAACCACGGUGAGAGGAACUUCCACAUCUUUUACCAGCUUUUAGAUGGAGGUGAGGAGGAUCUGCUCAAGAGACUGGACCUGGAAAGAAACCCUCAGAACUACCAAUAUCUAGUCAAGGGCAACUGUCCCAGAGUUAGCUCCAUCAAUGACAAAAAUGAUUGGAAAGCAGUGAUGAAGGCCCUGCCCAUUAUCGGCUUCACUGAGGAAGAGGUGCAGGAGUUGCUCAAUAUCAUCGCCAGUGUUCUCCAUCUGGGAAACACUCAGUUUGGGGAAGGGGAGGACGGAGAGACUCACAUCACCACUGAGACGCAGAUAAGAAAUCUCACAAGGCUGCUGGGUGUUGAUGGCUCAGCCCUCAGGGAGGCACUCACUCACAAGAAACUCAUUGCCAAAGGAGAAGAGAUGAUCAGCCCACUGAACUUUGAGCAGGCGGGGUCGGCCCGUGAUGCUUUAGCUAAGGCUGUGUAUGGUCGUACCUUCACUUGGCUGGUGGAGAAGAUCAACCAAUCACUUGCUCUCAAGGAUGAGGUGUACAACAGCAGUAAGGGCUCCUCAGUUAUCGGACUCUUAGAUAUCUAUGGCUUUGAGGUCCUACAGCAUAACAGUUUUGAGCAAUUCUGCAUCAACUACUGCAACGAAAAGCUCCAGCAGCUCUUUAUUGAGCUCACGCUCCGAUCAGAGCAGGAGGAGUACGAGACGGAGGGCAUCGCUUGGGAGACAGUGCAGUACUUUGACAACAAGAUCAUUUGUGACCUGAUAGAGGAGAAGCACAAAGGCAUCAUCUCCAUUCUGGAUGAGGAGUGUCUGAGACCUGGAGAGGCCUGUGAUAUCUCCUUCUUAGAGAAGAUGGAGGACACUCUGGGAGGCCAUCCGCACUUUAUCACUCACAAGUUGGCGAAUGGAAAAACUCGCAGGAUAAUGAGCAGAGAGGAGUUCAGGCUGCUGCACUAUGCUGGAGAGGUCAACUACAAUGUCUCCGGUUUUCUGGACAAGAAUAAUGAUUCACUGUACAGGAACCUGAAAGAGGUCAUGUGCCAGUCAAGCAACCAGAUUGUGCGGCAGUGCUUCCGCAAAGAGGAAGUGAUUGACCAGAAACGCCCUGAGAUGGCUGCCACUCAGUUUAAAAACAGUCUGAUGAAACUUAUGGAGAUCCUUAUAUCAAAAGAGCCAUCCUAUGUGCGCUGUAUCAAACCGAAUGAUGCCAAGCAGCCAGGACGGUUUGAUGAAGUUUUGGUCAGACACCAAGUAAAGUACCUGGGCCUGAUGGAAAACCUGAGGGUCAGGAGAGCUGGCUUUGCCUACAGACGUCGCUUUGAGGCUUUCCUCCAGAGGUAUAAACCCCUGUGUCCGGAGACGUGGCCCAACUGGCAUGGCAGACUUGCAGAUGGUGUGUCCACACUGGUCAACCACCUGGGCUACAAACCAGAGGAGUACAAACUGGGCAGGUCCAAAAUCUUCAUCCGAUUUCCAAAAACUCUGUUCACCACUGAAGAUGCGCUAGAAGCCAAAAAGCCCGCUAUCGCUUUGACUCUGCAGACAUCAUGGAGAGGCUACAGGGAGAGAGCCAAGUACCAUCGCAUCAGACAUGCAGUGAUUGUGAUCCAGUCUGCAUGGCGAGGGAUGAAAGCACGCAGGAGAGCCAAGAGACGUCGUCAGGCAGCUGAGUUAAUACGCAGGUUCAUAAAAGGCUUCAUCUACCGUCAUGAGGAGUACUGCCCUGAGAACGAGUACUUCCUGGAUCAUGUACGUUACUCCUUCCUCAAGAAGUUACGCAAGAACCUGCCCAAGAGUGUUUUGGACAAAAGCUGGCCGACACCUCCUCCUUCUCUCAUUGAGGCAUCUGAGCAUCUGCGGUGGCUUCAUAUGCAAAACAUGAUGAGGAAGUAUUGCAGGAGGAUCCAGCCUGAGUGGAGGAAGCAGAUGGAGCAGAAGGUUGUAGCAAGUGAGAUCUUUAAAGAUCAGAAAGACAGCUACCCUCAGAGUGUUGGCAAGCUGUUUUUGGGCACCAGGCUUGAAAAUGAGCAGAUCAAUCUCAAAGUCAUCCAAACUCUUGGCAAUGACAAAGUGCAGUAUGGUGUUCCAGUUACUAAAUAUGACCGGAGGGGUUUCAAAGCUCGCCCUCGCCAGCUGCUCCUCACCAGCUCCUUCGCUGUGCUGGUGGACAGGACCAAGAUCAAGCAGAGGAUUGACUACCCAGCUCUGAGAGGCAUCUCUUUGAGCUCUCUCCGUGAUGGGAUCUUUGUUUUGCACUUGCCCAAUGAGGGACAGCAACAGAAGGGUGACGUGGUGCUGCACUGUGACCAUGUGAUUGAGGCGGUGACAAAAUUCGCUAUGAUGUCCGGCAGGACCAACCACGUCAACAUCAGCCUGGGCAGCAUUAGGUUUGCCUUGGCUCGUGGGAAGGAAGGGAUCGUUGAUUUCAUCAGGGGCUCAGAGUUGAAGGUGGCCAAAGGGAAGAGAGGACAUCUGCUAGUGACCGCCCCCCGGAUCAGCAGCACAUGACUGUAAGAGCCACAAAUAACCAGGUUUCUUUGGGGGAACCGAUAAAACUGUAACCCUGUUUUGAGCUACCCAGAGGAUUGUUGUUUGCUAGUUUGCUGCAGACAGGAUGAUACCACAAGCAUACACAGCUUUACGGAGCAGCAGGAAGAUACCACUUCACACAAUUAUCAACUCAAACUGCAUGAUCAUUUAUAACAGAAUCUUUUCAAUUUCGCAAUAAUUCUUGAUUACCAGUGAUUUUUUUAAUGUUAAAAACAUAACAUGAAGUCAUCAUUAUUCCAAAUGCUUUAUCUUUAUUGUGCAGUCAAAUACAAAUGUAUUUCAGCUAUCCAUUAUAAAAAUUUUUGUGUAAUAUAAAAGGUUGUAUCUCCAUCUUG